CCUGUGAAACAUGAAGGUGGACGUGCUGACUUGCCUGGCUCUGGCCGUGGUCAGCCACGUCGUCACGGUGAGCGGCGGGCGCAGCUCUGGACGCAGGAAGCACAAGGAGGUCUUCCUCGGGGAGAACAGCAAGUUCAAGUUUGGAGGACGUAUUGACUACAAACUGAAGAGGCAGGACAGCACCAAAUCGCUGCUAAUAAAAAGUGAACAGCUGCUGAGGAUCGAGGAGCACGACUUCGCGAUGAGACCAGGCUUUGGAGGUGCAGCCAUCCCUGUAGGCAUCGACGUGCAGGUGGAGAGCAUCGACAGCAUCUCAGAAGUCAACAUGGACUUCACCAUGACUCUGUACCUGCGUCACUACUGGAAAGACGAGCGUCUGUCCUUUCCGUCCCGUAACAAUCAGAGCAGGACGUUUGACUCCAGGCUCGUGAAGAAGAUUUGGGUCCCUGACGUCUUCUUCGUCCACUCCAAGCGCUCCUUCAUCCACGACACCACCAUGGAGAACAUCAUGCUGCGGGUUUACCCCGACGGAAACAUCCUCUACAGCGUCAGGGUUACUGUGACAGCGCUCUGCUCGAUGGACUUCAGCAGCUUCCCUCUGGACACACAGAACUGCUCGCUGGAGCUGGAGAGCUACGCGUAUAAUGAGAACGACCUGAUGCUUUACUGGAAGAAUGGGAACGACUCUCUGAGGACGGAUGAGAUCGUCUUGUCUCAGUUCUUCAUUGAGCAUUUCCACGCCUCCAGUGGCCUGGCUUUCUACAGCAGCACGGGUUGGUACAACCGUCUGUUCAUUAACUUCAUCCUGCGGAGGCACAUCUUCUUCUUCAUGCUGCAGACGUACUUUCCCACCAUGCUGAUGGUCGUUCUGUCCUGGGUUUCCUUCUGGAUCGACAGGAGGGCCGUUCCUGCUCGGGUCUCUCUGGGUAUAACCACCGUGCUCACAAUGUCCACCAUCAUCACCGGAGUGUCCUCCUCCAUGCCUCAGGUAUCGUACGUGAAAGCGGUGGACAUCUACCUGUGGACCAGCUUCCUGUUUGUCUUCCUGUCUGUGAUCGAAUAUGCGGCCGUGAACUACUGCACCACUCUGGAGGAGAUGAGGAAGAUGAAGAGGGGGAAGAUCCCGCCCACCUUCAACGCCAGCCAGGCGAUGGCUUUUGACGGUUGUUUCCAUGACAAUGACAUUGAGCUGACUCCGUUCUCCCGCAUGGCACCCACCCUGACCUCUGACCCCCUCACCACGGCAACUCUAACCCCAGACAUCCGGCCUGCGGAGGGCACGCGCCUUCGCCGGCAGCGGUCUGUGCGUGAAAACGUGGACCUGCUGGUCAGCAACAGCUACAUGAUCGACUCGUACUCCCGCCUCGCCUUCCCUCUGUCCUACCUGCUCUUUAACACCAUCUACUGGAGCCUGUACUCCUGAUCCAGAACCGCAGCCUCACCAUGAACUCUGGUGGGUUUCAACACAGUCCAAGUGUUGAGUCAGAGAGCAUCCCUGAGGAUUCCUGCUCUCCACAGGGCUCCACGGGCACUUCACUGACUCUUGAUCAGAGGAGCCCCUUCAGCGCCGGCUUCAUUAGUAAUAAUGUUCUUUACAACAGAGAUAAAGGCACUCCAGUUCCGCAGAGGGGGAAUUCUUAAUUGUGCUCAAUUUCACCCUGACAUUUGUCUCAUGGGACUGGGUUAAAGCCUGACACUUGGAAAGCAAUGGAUCCUGAUGUGACUCUUCUUUCUGUGCUUCAUUCUUAGACUCUUCUUAUACCUUUGUCGGUACCUUUCCUUAUAGCUACAGGGAAAUACUAAAUCAGGAUCGAACUCAAGUGGAAAUGUUCUUCUUUGAAAAGCAUCCUCUCCCCUUUUGAUGAAUGAUCCAACCAGCUACUGUACAAGCAAUUUCAUUUCUUUUCUCAUUAAAUUUUUAUCUUGUUCAUUAGGAUGUAAAUGUGAAUCUGUGUGUACUGCAGGGCCGUAUUAUAGCUUUUGUGUG